UCGGCGACGAGGGCGGAUGCGCGCCGGUGAUAAGGGGAAGGUGCUGGGUUAAAACAACGGUCGGUUACACGGGAGCGGCUACCCGGUCAUCGGCCCACGAUGCCGCGGCUGUUUGAUCUUCUCCUACUGGUCCUCGGGGUCGAAGGGUGCCUGGCUGAUACAGCCCACCCACGGUCCGUGGACGAGCUAAAUCUCGUCAAACCACGCGAGACUGCCCGUAGCCGGGUACGGCGGAACGGGGCCGUGUCGCAACAACAGGUCCCAACAGAAGGGCCGAUAGAACACCCGGGACAACAGAGACCGCCUGAGAAGGAACAGGAGCCAGUUCUGGUGAAACAGGACAAGUUCCAAUACUACACGUCCAAGUACUUCACGAUGACCCCGCCAGGUUCUACAGUAUGGGUCAACAUGGACGACCCCAGAUCCAUGGCAACGGUCGCGUACGGCCCGGGGUCCAAUCACCAGCGAGGAGCUAUGACAGUGUCUUUAUCCUUUGACUUCCCGUUCUAUGGACACCCCAUCCGGAAUAUAUCUCUGGUAACUAAUGGUUUCUUGUACACCGGCACCCUCCUGCACAAGUCCCUGACAGACACGCAGUACAUCGCACCUCUCAUGGCGAACUUCGACCCUAACGUCAACCCGGAGUCCAUGGUUCGCUACAGGGAUAAUGGUACGUCCUUCACCGCAGAGUGGACCAAGAUCAGAUUGAGAGACGACGAGGAAGCCGGCCCUUUUACCUUCCAAGUCACUCUGUCUACUGACGGAACCAUCGUGUUUGCCUACAGACAGAUUCCGUUCCCAGUUUCCAGAAUAGACGAUUCCAAGUUGCCCGCCAAAGUAGGGGUGUCCGACGCCUACACAGUCGGAACUCGCCUGCUACCGUUCCUAGAUUUCGACAGAAAAACCAUCUACGAGUAUAACACGAUAGAGCUGGAUCUGACCAAGGUGCUGGAGGGAACUUUCUUCGUGCUGUCACCGAGGCCAACAUGCAGUGAUUUCCUGACGUGUGACAGCUGUGUGACGUCAGAGAUCGGCUUCAACUGUGGUUGGUGCAAUGUGUUACACAGGUGUUCCGACGGACUGGACCGGCUGCGCCAGGAGUGGGUAGCCGCGAGCUGUGACGAUCAGAGUGCAGCGCGGACCAUCUGUGACGUGGAGGACCCUGUAACCACCACCAGUGCCCCGCCCCUGCUCCAGGUGCCCGCCAGCACCGCCAAACCGCUAGCCACGCCCACGGCGUACUCAGCCGUCACCAACCAUACUGUAGUCAGGAGCAACAGUCAAGUCCUGCAGACACCGGUGCUUCACAAUGAUCACAACCCUGUAACAGGCAAAAAAGAGCCGAAAGGGACGGUGGAUAACAGCACGACCCGCCAAAGAAUAUUGAAUAAGGACCUGGAGGCUGUGAAGAGCGUGGUGGGCAGCCCCAUCAAGGGCAGCGCCAUGGAGUUCAACAGAAGAAAAAUACGGAUGGAGAUCAUCAUAGGCAUCAUCGUGGCAGUAGUGGUGGUGGUAGUCGCUCUAGCCUGUAUCAUACACACGUAUUCCCGCAAGUCAUCCAGGUCCGGAGUUCUUGUUGUUCAGUGUUUCUCUACACCUGAGUUUUCAGGUCAACGUCCUGAGGUGAUGCUCCUGUCGUCAGACAAAGUGUACUUUGCACCGUGAGGCCGGGAGUCGGGGGGCGUCGGGACAGACUUUUUUUCUUACCGCCGGACGGACGUCACACUAUGUGUCAUGUGGAAGACAUUAAGAGUCAAACUUGUACAGCCAUAAGCUCUAACCUACCUGUCGCCUGGAGACGGUUAUCUGGAGACGGUUGCCUGGAGACGGUUACCAGGAGACGGUUACCUGGAGACGGUUGCCUGGAGACGGUUACCAGGAGACGGUUGCCUGGAGACGGUUGCCUGGAGACGGUCGCCAGGAGACGGUUGCCCUGACGGUUGCUUGGUAGCUGCUCUGUGAGAAUUUACGGUCGCACAAUGCCGCUAAAUUGAAAAAGGCCCCGCCGGACUCCACAGACCACAAUUGGACCGUUUUCAAUUGCUCCAUUACCUUGAUUUGUGUACAUAAAACAGACACGGAUGGGUCAUUUCUCAACAUGAUGGGAAAUUCAAAAACUCUAACUUGACUGUGAAUCUGUAAAUAACGUGAGAUAGCAGGAACUAAAGGGGAUCUGGAAUACCUGCAAUCGUUGAUUAAAUUUGGCCUUGAAUUUUGUGGUGUUGUGUGUAAGGAUAUGAAGUAUUGAUGUAGACACCAACUUGUGCAUUGUUGUAUAACAAAAGACGAAUACCGUACGUGGCACAAGUCUAAAUCGUGUACAUCUAUCUUAAUCGUUGUAACUUGAAGACUAUUAUUACCUGUGACCCAUGACCAAUUUACCUUAUUCUACGAUUAUGGCUGGAUCCGUGUAGAGUAAGUUGAAUAUUUCACUGCGUUAAGGUUCACCAAGAGUCAUGAAAGCUGCAUUCUCACCUGUAUCUCCGCUCUGAGACGCUAUGUGGCACUGUCAAUUCAUCAACAAAAGGCUGUGACGCUGGGACCUUUGAUAAUUGACCAAUCGUUGGACGGCAUUUGUACCUGCGACAUGUUGUGUCUUCUUUCAUUCUUUACACCGGAUUCUGGUCAACAGC